AUGGCUUUCGAGAUGUCGCGGCUAGGCGGUCGAGCCCUGAACCGAGACGCUGGCGGCCAUGGCAACGAGGACGAUGUUGAGCGCGAAUACGAUCGUCUGCGCGAUCUAGCGCGCGCUGAGGCGGACAAGCGCAACGACUGUUUCCGACGUUCCAGGCAAGCCUACGAGGACGGAGAUGGUGCCGGUGCUAAAGAGCUGUCCAACCAAGGCAAACGUCAUGACGCGACAAUGGACGACUACAACCGCCAAGCGUCUGAAUUUAUCUUCCGCGAGAACAAUGCUGCCGGCCGUAAUGAGGCUGAUGUCAUUGACCUCCACGGCCAGUUUGUCGAAGAGGCCGAGCGGAUUCUCGAGCAGCGCAUUCGCGCUGAUCAAGCUGCGGGGCAACACCAUCUUCACGCCAUCGUUGGGAAAGGAAAUCAUUCUGACGGCCACGUGCAGAAGUUGAAACCCAAGGUCGAGGAACUCUGCCGGGAGAUGGGUCUGAACUACCGGACAGAGGAGAACGCGGGAAGGAUCUUCAUCAACUUGCAAGGAGGCGAGCCGCAAGGGCCGCAGGAAGUACCAGUCUACCACGGUGGCCAGGGCGGUCAAUCUGGCUACCCCGGAGCGCCUCACAGUGGUCAACAGCAGCACGGCGGGCAACACCAUGGCGGACACCAGCAGCAGCAGGAUCAGCAGCAGGAUGAAGUGGAGGAGAUGGUCAAGAAGCACUUGCCUCGCUUACUCAAAAAGCUUGAGAAGCAUUGUUGCGUUGUCAUGUAA